AUGUCAGAACCUAUUAGAAGUAAGCAUGGAGAUAUUUCCAAGGCUCCAACACCACAAAAUACACCAGCAUCACUUACAAAUUCGUAUUUGAAAUCACAACCACCAACUGUAUCAACCAUCAGCGAAGAAGAAAGCGGAAAUGGAAUCAGCACGCAAUUAGCCAACAACCCAGCGUUAUUAUCGAUGAUUCAAGGUAAGUUGGGAACAUUAGUCGGGCAGCAAAGUGGAUAUAUUGAUUCAUUGCCAAAAUCGGUCAAAAACCGUGUAUUUGGAUUGAAGUCGAUCCAACAACAACAAAUGAAAUUGGAAGCCGAAUUCCAAAAGGAGUUGUUAGUGUUAGAAAAGAGGUUUUUUAAGAAGUACGAACCAUUGUACGAAAGAAGAAAGAAGGUCAUUAACGGGGACGAAGAACCAAGUGCAGGGGAAAUCGAAGAGGGCGAAGCGUUGGACGAAGGCGACGAAGAUGAAGACGAAGACGACGAAGAAAAGGACAAGAUCGAAGAGGUCGAAGACGAGGGUGAAAAGGGUAUUCCUGGUUUCUGGUUGACUGCGUUAGAAAACUUGCAGACGGUUUCCGAAACUAUAACCGAAAGGGAUAGCGAAUUAUUGAAGUACUUAAACGACAUCAGAAUGGAAUAUUUGUCUACGCCAGGUUUCGAGUUGAUUUUCGAAUUCAAGGAAAACCCGUACUUUUCCAAUAACAUUUUGACCAAGACGUACCAUUACCAAGCCGAAUUAGGAUACUCGGGAGAUUUUGUUUAUGACCACGCCGAUGGAAGCGAAAUUAACUGGAAGUCCAAGGAAAACAACGUUACCAUCAACAUCGAAAGAAGAAAGCAAAGAAACAAAACCACCAAGCAGACCAGAACCAUCGAAAAGUUGACUCCUAGCGAAUCUUUCUUCAACUUUUUUGACCCACCAAAACCACCAAAGGUCGACGAAUCGGAAAGCCAAGAUAAAGACGAGGAUGAAAGCGAAGAAGAGCAAGACGAAGACGAAGACUUGGAAGCAAGAUUGGAAUUGGACUACCAAUUAGGUGAAGAAAUAAAGGACCGUUUGAUCCCAAGAGCCAUCGACUGGUUUACCGGCGAUGCAGUUGGAUUCGGCUUCCCAGAAGAUUUCGACCAGGACGACGAAUUCGACAGCGAAAGCGAAGGCGACAGUGAUGAAGAUGAUGACGACGAACCUCCAAAGGAAAAUCCACCAGAAUGUAAACAACAAUAA